AUGGAGCUCGCCACCGCGGCCGUCGUCUCCACAGCCUCCAUCUCGCGGUCCCAGAGGCGUCGACUCCCCGUCGCCUCGGCCGCCGUAGAGCUCCGCGAGGCCGCCGCAGGUGGUGGAGACUCCGUCCGCGUCAUCGAGACGCCGCAGCCCAACUCCAGUGUUAAGUUCAGCGUGGAGGUGCCUCCCUCGAUAUGCCAGGAGUGCUACCAAACAACUCUUCUCGAGUACUCAAAGCGUUUCAAGGUUCCUGGAUUUCGGCCUGGAAAGAUAGUUCCAGAAAAUGUACUUUUAAAUUACGUUGGACCACAACAUGUACGGGCUGCUACAGUUGAAGCUAUCUUAAGACAUACACUUCCUCAAGCACUGUCCUCGGUAGAAGAGAGGGCAUUAGAAGAUUCUGUGCGCAUUCUCACUAAGUUUGAUGAUAUGAACGAGGCUUUCUCCCUUGACCAUGUCUUUAGAUAUGAUGUUGCUGUGGAUGUUAUUCCUGAAGUCCGUUGGUUAUCUGAAGACAAAUAUAAGAACCUCAAAGUGGUUAUUGAAAUAGAUGAAAUUGUUGAUGCAGAAAAGGCAGCCGAGUUGGAGCUUAAGCGUCGUCGUAAAUCUCUAGGGCUGCUUCGAAUAGUACCUGACAGAGGCCUACAGGUAGGCGAUCUAGUGGUACUGGAUAUAUUGGCUGAAACUAUCACAACCGACGGCUCUAAAGGUGAAAAAAUUCCAUCAGCUGAGAGUACAGGGUUCCACUUGGACACUGAGGAAAAUAAUAAUCUUGUUCCUGGAUUUCUGGGUUCGCUAAUUGGGAUUCGUCCUGGUGAGACUAGAACUUUUCCUAUUCAGUUCCCUGAGUCAUUUGAGCAGGAAACUCUACAAGGUGUCCGUGCCCAGUUUACUGUUGUCUGUAAAGAACUUUUCUUCAGAGAGCUGCCAGAAUUGGAUGAUUCGCUUGCCGCAAAGCUCCUUCCAGGAUGCAAUACCAUCGAUGAGGUUAAGGAACGAAUUUUGGAAAGAUGCAAAGAAGUGGAGAAGACGGCUAUAGAACAAGCAACAGAUAAUGCAAUCCUCGACCAACUGGGAAAGUUGGUAGACGUUGAUGUUCCACGUUCCUUGUUUCAAGAACAAGGUCAACAGUUGUAUGGAGCGAAACUUCUCCAACUUCAGGCAGAAAGGAAGCUAGACAAAGACCAGCUAGCAUCCCUUUCAAGCGAAAAGUCUGUCCAGGAGUACCUGAAAAGUGAGAGGGAGAACAUUGCUAGGAUCAUUAAGCAAAUGUUGGUUGUUGGUGAAAUAUUCAAGGCUGAAAAUUUGCAGUACUCGACAGACCAACUCGUCAAGGAAGUUGAGAACUCUAUAGAAGAGUUCAAACGCUAUAAUCAAGACUACGACGAGGGGAACAUCAAGCAGCAGGUUCAGGAUGUUCUCGAGGCUGCCAAGGUGCUCGAGUGGCUCAAGGAGAACUGCACGAUCGAGUACAUCAAAAAAUGA